AUGGACGGUGAUCCAGCAGUCGAGUCUGAGCUCGACUCCUUCAGCUUGAACUUUCCCUUACCGUAUCGUGUCGCCUUCAUCGUCGUUCUCGCUGCCUGGGGAUGGGGUGCCAACUUGCACUACCUUUACUCUCUCAAGAUAGAUGUGCCGACGUUGAUUCGAUAUCCAGGGCGCACCUCGCCUCAUCAGCCGCCGCAUCAUCUCUCGACUUAUCGACUAGCAACCGUCCUUUCCACUGUCUACGCCUUCUCCCUCGUGAUCUUCUGGAUCUUCACCCACCGAAACCCAGCGUUGGUGCUGGCCUGGGACUGGCUGCCAUUGACCUACCUCGUCGCCCUGCUCGCCCUGUUCCUCUUUCCCUUCAAGAACUUGUCAACGACCGGGCGCUCUCGAUUCUUGCACACAUUGAAGCGGGUAUCCAUUGGCGGGAUAGCAGAAGCCAAGGAUGGGAAGUUUGGCGAUAUCCUGCUGGCUGAUGUGUUGACGAGCUAUGCCAAAGUAUUUGGUGACUUGUAUGUCGCGCUGUGCAUGUUUUGCAGUACCAAUGGUUCCGCGACCGCCAGGCCUGACCGUAAUUGCGGCGGCACCGUCAUCGUGCCACUCAUCAUGGCGACACCCUCGCUCAUCCGGCUGCGCCAGUGCCUGAUCGAGUACGGCCGCGUGCGGCGCGCGCCGUCCAAGGAAUCUGGUUGGGGUGGACAGCACCUGGCCAACGCGCUCAAGUAUUCGACUGCUUUUCCCGUUAUCAUCUUCAGCACCUUGCAGAGAAACUGGUCACCUUCCGCAGGGAUGUACAGAGCCUGGGUUGUCGCCUGUAUGGUGAAUAGCUUCUACAGCUUUUACUGGGAUGUGACCAAGGAUUGGGAUUUGACAUUGUUCAGCUCUUCGCGAGAGCGCAAUGCGCACGACCACCCCUUUGGCCUCAGGCGGAUAUUGUACAUAGGCCCACCGGCUAUAUACUACGGUGUCAUUAUGUUGGACCUGCUGCUCAGGUUUACGUGGAGUUUGAAGUUGAGCCCGCAUCUGGAUCACUUGACCGACUUUGAAAGCUCCAUUUUCGUCAUUGAGUUCUUGGAGGUGUUCAGGCGGUGGGUCUGGAUCUUCUUCCGAAUCGAGACCGAGUGGAUUAGGAAUCAGAACAUGGGGCUUGGCGUGGAUGAUAUACUUCUGGGUGAUUACUAUAGAGACGAGGAAGAUGACUAG